UUUAUAACUAUUUCAAAUAAGUGUAUUCCAACGAAUAAUAAUUUAAAAAAUAUAUAGCAAUUAACAAGUCAAUAGUCGCAAUUUAUGAAAUAUGAAGUACAUCUUGUGGAUUGCCGUUCUGUACCUCUCAGGAUACUUCUAUAAAAUUAUGGCUUAUCAGCCAUUGCCGACCAUUGUUCCAGCCAGAAAUGCCAAUCCCGAGGCUGAUGCAAAAGUAUUGAGAGGUGCUUUGGCAGGAAUGGGAACUAAUAUUGAUACUUUGGUUGCAGUGAUGAGUAGUAGAAGUAAUUUGCAAAGAAUUCAAGCCGCCCAUGCUUACAAAGCCAAUUAUCGCAGAGAUUUGUUACAGCACAUUAAAAGUGAUACUAACCGUAAAUUCGAAAAAAUGAUGGUGGCGCUAUUAACUCCGGCCGCUGAAUAUGACGCUGAACUCGUGCGGGAAUCCGUCAAAGGUUUAGGCACGGAUUUGGAUACAUUAUUCGAAGUCCUAUUUACGAGAUCUCCAAGACAAAUCAAAAUGAUGGGAGCCGCCUAUAAUAGAAAAUUUAAAAGAAACUUGAUACAAGAUAUCAAAGGCGAUACUAGUGGAAAAGUAGAAGAUUUGCUAGUUGAAGUAGCCAAGGGUGAUAGAGAUGAGUCCAAUCGUAUAGAUCCUUUAGCAGCCGAAAAUGUUGCCAAGAAACUUAAAAGUGGAGGUAUAUCAAAAUAUUUUGGUACUCAUGCGAAUGAACUAAUCACCAUUUUAUCUAAAUGGAAUUUCAAUCAAUUGAGGAUGUUUUUCGAUCAAUAUCAGAGGGUAACCAAAAAGACAAUAGAAGAAGAUAUAAGCAAAUAUAGCGGUGGUGAAACCCAAAAGGCUUUAUUGAAUUAUGUCAAAUGCAUAAAAAACCCUGCCGUUUUUCUCGCAGAAAGGAUACAUCAUGCCAUAAAAGGAUUGGGCACCAAAGAUAAAGAUCUUAUUAGAAUUUUCGCCACUCGUACUGAAGUUGACAUGGGAACGAUUAAAAAUGAAUAUUACACCAAAUACAAUAGACACAUGGAAAAAGAUAUAAGAAGAGAUGUUUCAGGAAAAUUUCAAAAGAUCCUAGUUGCACUAUUGAGAGGAAACUUACAACCCAUCACCAACACCGAUCUAAAUGUAGUUGAAAAUGAAUAAAAAUGUUUUAUUCCUCAAAUUAUAUAUAAUAUAAGUAUAAUCUAAUUCUAAAAUCAAAAUAUAUCGCGUUUAAAGUUUUAUUAUAGACCUUAUAAUUGCAGAAAAAAAAACAAUAGUCCUUAUCGACAUUAUUAUGCAACAAAAAAUAACAUUAAAUCAACUAAUAUAUUUGAAAUACAAUUGUAGGUUUGCAGGGA